AUGUCUCGCAUCUUCCGUUCCAAGACCCGGGUACGAAUCCCAACUCACCUUAGCGUAACGGAAGCGACGCUGCUGGACAACUCAGCCGCCAUACCUCCGAGCAAAAUUAUAUUCGAGGAAGCAAUAAGCGGUAAGACAAUUUCAUACGGUGAAUUUCAUGCAUUGGUCAAGGAUGGGGCCGCCUGGCUACGAAAAGAAUUCACCCUGAAGCCUGGGGAGGUCGUAAGUGUGAUAUCGUCUAGCUGCAUCGAUUAUAUUAUCGCCGUACACUCUGUGUGGUGGGCUGGCGGUGUUGUAUCUUUGAUUAACGAUUCUCUGUCACCCACCGAGAUUGCGUACGGUAUCCAGCUUGUCAAGCCAAACUAUAUUGUUGUUGGCAGCUCCGCUUCCGCCAAGCUUGAUAAGAGCCUCAGUCUGAGCGAUCCAGCAAGCCCCAUUAGUAUCAUUUCACUCGCAGAAUCCCAUUCAAAGUGGCCCUGUUGGCCAAGAAGGGAUGUGGGUGGGAGCUUGCAGGAGAUUGAGGCUCACUCGUUCGCAAGGGGCGACAACAGACAAGUCCCUGCUGCAAUCAUUCUGUCCAGCGGUACCACUGGUCAUCCCAAGGCGGUUGUUCUGUCCCACUACAACCUCAUUGCCGUAAACUACCAAUUGCGCGCGAACAAUCCUGAUAAUUGGAGGAGUGACAUGCGAGAGAUUUUCUUCCCACCCUUAUCCCAUGUCUAUGCACUAUAUGUCGCCAUUACCGGGGCUCCCUGGCUGGGCUAUUACGUCUGUCUAAUGCCCCGGUUUGAGCUGGAAACAUAUUGUCGCCUUCUGUCCGAGAGAAAAGCAACAUUGGCCAGAUUGGUUCCUCCUGUCGCGAAGAUGCUUGCCGAGAGCCCGGUGACUCGUCGAUACACAUAUCCGGCGUUGGAAUAUUUUACAUGCUCGGCUGCUCCCUUGAGUGAGAAAACUGCUGCCGACUUGAGAACAGUAUUCCCCGGAGUGAAGCUUUGUCAGACAUACGGGUGUACCGAAGCCUCGGGUGCAUGCGUGCAAUCCGGUACUCGUGAUAAGGACAUGCCGUUGAAUGCAACGGGAAAGCUCAUUGCUAACGCCGAGAUGAGGUUCAUCGAUUCCACCGGCAAUGAUGUGAGCGGGGGUGCACCUGGUGAGAUCAUCUUGCGUGGACCGCAUAUCAUGAUGGGCUAUUUGGGAGAUCUCAAAGCUACAAGAGACCAUAUGCUGGAUGGUGGCUGGUAUAAAACAGGGGACAUAGGAUAUCUGGAUGCGCAGGGCUUUCUCUUUGUCAAUGGCCGUAUAAAAGACAUCGUUAAGUCGAAUGGAUUCCAAGUCUCGCCUUUAGAGCUAGAGGAGAUACUCGUUCGCCACCCACUUGUCAAGGAGGCGGCGGUCCGCGGUGUUUGGAGUGAGAGUAACGCAACCGAUCUCCUACGUGCAUAUAUAGUAACCGAGAAGCCGCUUCCAAAGAUUGGGCGAGAUACGGACGUUGCUGCGCAAUCUGUGGCUAAUUUUGUGGCGAGCCAGGUAGCUGGUUAUAAACAGUUGAAAGGAGGUGUGGUUUUCGUCGAUUUGUUGCCCAAGAGCCCAACUGGAAAGUUGCUGAGACGCCUUCUCAAAGACUUAGACGAUACCGGGUCCACUCCCCUCCAGGCAAAGCUAUAG